AUGAAAGAAGAAGCAGAAAAAGCCGUAGAGACAGCCAAAGGGUUACUCCAAGACUUUGUAGUCGUGGUUUCCCUCGUGCGGACCUUGACGGAAUCUUUCGGUUCUGCCAGUGAUCUAUACCGCAAGCUCAAACGUAGAUCUGGUAAGAAAGAUAGCGACGACGAGGAAGAUGAGUAUCAUAUUCAGGGGCCAUGGCAUAGGCGUCGUCGCGACUCCAUGUUUGGCUCAGAGAAGAGGAAAGGCGACUACAGUGACAGCGAGGAAGAGCUCAUAUUCACCUCUUCCUCUCAGAUCCGAGCCGAGUACGAACGUGGGUAUCGGAAGCUAGGCGAGCCGUUUGCGCGUGGCGAUGGUAUGUUCUCAUUCAAGUUCACAUCGCCAGGUACUGAUGUCGAACAGUUACAACGCAUACCCAGCUGCAGUCUCAAAUUAUAA